AUGCCUAGACCCGAUAAUUUGGAGCAGUUAGGCAACUCUAUUCCCUCACAUCCAACUACAUCAAGAGCGUCAGCACCAGGUAACUUGUCUGUGGUUCAAGAUAGGUUUAAUGCACCUUCAUUUGUUAAUGCUAUAAGUGGUAGUGGCCCAGAAACAGGUUCUUCAAUACCCCCACCUCAACCAUUGCUUAGUGUGUUCAACCCCACCAACGACAUUUACUCCUGCCCCUAACAUUAUCCCCAAUCCCAAUUUUGAUCCCAAGAAAGCCUUCAGCUUGGGCCCCAGUCAUACCCCAAGUCCACCUAUGUGUGUCUCAAGAAUUCUCUCUGAUAAAUUCAUUGAACUAACAAAGCUCAUCCCUGAGAAUUUGGAUGAACUCCUCUCGGACACUACCAGCUUUGCUAUUGAAGAGCAAAAGAAAGUCAAACUUGGUUUUUUGUAG